AUGAGGACGCUGCUGGCAGUGAGCCAGGCGAGCUAUCGCCAGAUCUCGGUGACCGCGCCGCGUCAGCUCAGCUACCCGUGCGUCAUCGUGGGGAACCCGGUGGACGUCUCCAUCCUUUCGGGCGCCUCUCCAGGCGCUGGCUCAUCCUUGGCCUGUGCCGCGGGCGGGCCUACGGUCUUCUCCACAGCAGCAGAGAGGUCCUUGGAGGCGCCGGAGAGCUCAGAGCCUUCGGCGUGCGAGACCUUGGCGCAGUGCCAGGAGAUCCUCAUCGCAGCUGCACGGGAGGCGGAGGGUCGCGGCGCCGUGUUGCGCGCACUGGCGGGGUCCUGA